UUUCGUGAAAAAAAACGAUGUCUUUAGAUUGUUGAUGAAGAGGCGGGGAGGGCGGGGCCAGCAACAGGGUGACGUCAUUGUCACCUGGCUGUAACACACCUGUCUGCUCCUCUUCCCCGCUGAUAUCACCUUUCAGGUCCUCAAAGAGCUGCAACCCACCACUGGGUUCUGGAAAGACCGAACAGAAGAUCCGUGGGAUGCUUUUAUGACACAAACUGGACUGUGAAUACACGGAAGCAGCUGCAGAUCGGGUACGAUGCAGGUGGUUUGAGUGACAGCUAUGGGGUUGAGAAGGUCGUACGUUCUCUCUCUGUCAGUGUCCACGCUUUUUUGCCUCGUCCGCUCUAUCAACGGAGACGGACCGGAGGUACGCGGAACGGUCAGAGGCACGGUAGAGUUGGACUGUCCUUUUCCGCCCUCGGACUCUGCCGAGGCGUCCCCGGAGUCCCCCCGUGUGCUGGAAUGGGUGCGGCGAGGACUCCACAUCCCUGUGCUGAUCCAAUUUGGAUCCUACGCCCCUCGUGUCCAUCCACAAUAUGAAGGGCGGGUGUCUCUGGUGGGCAUCACCACGCUGAGGCUGGAGGGCCUGAAGUUGGAGGACCAGGGCCUGUAUGAGUGCAGGAGCCUCGUGUUGGAUAAACCCACAGAGGAGCUGGGGAAUGGCACCGGGAUCAUACUUUCUGUGAUUGCGCCCCCUACCUUUACCAGAAGCCCACCUCCUGUGCUGGAGGGUCUGGUGGGCAGUCCUCUCUCUCUCGCGUGUGCUGCGGUCGGAAACCCACUUCCUGUCAUCACCUGGCUCAAGGAUGGGCGUGUGCUUCAAGGAGGGAGCGGUCAGGAGCAGGUCUUAUCCAUGCCAGCUGCGAGCGCCCAGUCAGCAGGACGGUACGUCUGCCACGCUUCCAACUCGGAGGGCAACACGACUCUCGAGACACAAGUGAAGAUAAAAGGUCCGCCCGUCAUCACCGUGGCCCCCAAGAACACCUCUCUCAACGUAUCCCAGGAUGCACUUCUUCUCUGCCGGGCGGCGGCCGACCCCUCCAACAUGACCUUCGUGUGGCUGAAGGGAGGAGAGAACGUCUACCACGUCGAGUCUCUAAAGUCGCGUGUGAAGAUCAUGGUGGAUGGAACUCUCCUCAUCUCCUCGCUCACCCCAGAGGAUUCUGGGAACUAUACCUGCGCUCCAACCAACGGGCUGCUAGUGCCUCCCACCGCCUCUGCCGUCCUUACAGUCAUGCAUCCAGCACAAGUUCUUGGCAUGCCAGAGGAAACUUAUCUUCCUGCGGGCAUGAGCGGCAUGGUCAACUGUUCCUCAGUAGCCCAGCCUCCUUUGCUGCGUGUGCUGUGGACCAAGGAUGGAGAACCACUGGAUCUCUCCUCGUAUCCAGGAUGGACCGUGACCCCAGAAGGCACUUUGCUUAUGGCAACAGUCAACGAUGAUGCAGUGGGCGUGUACACCUGCACCCCUUACAACAGCUACAACACCAUGGGACCAUCUGGACCAACUCAAGUCAUUUUGCAGGACCCUCCGUCAUUCAGCAUCGCUCCGGAGAAGAAGUACCAACAAAAGGUGGGACGGACCCUGCUCAUCCCGUGUCAAGGAAACAACAAUACCACAGUCAAAGUGGUCUGGACCAAGGUUGACCUGGCUCGUCGCAUAUCGUAUUCCAUCAGACCCGACGGCUCAUUGCUGCUGCGGCCCCUCGCCAAGGACCAUCACGGAAAGUGGGAGUGUGCUCUUUCUAACCGUGUCGCCUCGGUAAAAGCCUACACUCAAAUCUCAGUUUUGGGAACCAGCCCCCAUGCGGCGACGUCGCUGUCCAUAUCUCCAGGGGUGAAGCAGGCCAAUAUAUCCUGGGAGGCGGGCUUUGAUGGAGGUUCGGCGCAGACAUUUUCAGUUUGGGUGAAAAAUAUGUCAGCGCGUAAUAGCGAAGGCAAGCAGGAGUGGUUCUCCGUGCCCGUGCCCCCCCGCUCGGGCCACGCCCUGCUGGUGAGCGGCCUGUCGCCCGCCACGGACUUCCAGUUCAGCGUGCUGUCCCACAACAAGGUGGGCACCGGACCUUUUAGCGAAAUUGCCACCGCUCGGACUUUAGACGCUACACCUCCGAGAGGUCAGACCGUGUUGCUGUCAGCUUAUCAAGGCUCGGCAGGUAUUGUUCUGCAGUGGUCCCUCGCGGAAGCCCAGAACCCGCCCGUCUCAGGGUUUGUUCUCCAGUCCCGCACCAAGCAAGGAGACUGGCUCGAUCUGGACCAGGACAUUAGUGCCAACACGAGCCAGAUAGUCGUUCCGAGUCUGCAUAAGGACUGCGUAUAUGAGCUGCGGCUGCUAACUCGUCGCGGCGAGCUGCUGAGCGAGCCCAGUCCAUCAGUCAAUGUCUCCACGGCGGGUAUGGAGAUGUACCCUUUGACGUCCAGACUGCUGGAGUCUCCUGAACCCUUAUUGGCCGGCAUUCUUGGUGGGGUCGGUUUCAUGUGUUUGGCGCUGGUUUUACUGUUGGGGUCCGCCUGCCUCAUCAGCCACAGAAGGAAUCUACGCCGCCGGAAAAAGAACGAGCCCCCACCUGCCAUCUAUAAGUGCCCCCCAUCAAUAAAGAUGCCAAGCUCCAGCAGUCCAGACAGUGUGUUGAAGAAAAGCCUACUUCCAGCCAGUGUCCCCCGCCCCACCACUUCCUCUACUAUUUCUUCCUUCUCUAUGCAGGCAGAUUCCUCCUUCUUCAACAAUGAGAUUCGCAAUAACAAGCAGCAGUUGUAUUCAAACCACACAAGGAGCCUGGAUCGUUUCAAAUGUUCUAAAUCGUCCCGUCCAGUCACUCCUUCGGUUGAGAUGAUCUCAAGAGGUCCGGACGGGCGCUUUGUCAUGCUUCCGUUCGACACAGACAGCAAGAAAAGUCUGAACUAUAACACACCUGGAUCAUUGUCCUUAGAGCAGCGAGACCGUCCAAAUCCGCCGUUUGUUCUUUCAGUGGAUCUCCCACCUUGCAAACGAGCUGAAACCAACACAAAGCAAACCUCUGAUGUCGUUGAUCACAAAGGACUAUAUAAUGGCUUUGCUGACCUCAACAGCAUGUGCUCAAACAGUAGUUUGGCCAGUGUUUUUCACAAAAGAGCGCUAUCGCCAACAUUCCCGGUCCUGCCACAUAUCCGUUCAGGCCUCUGCCAGCCUUCAACAACAGCCAGCGCUCUGGUUCUCCAGAUGGAACACGAGCGAGAGAAGGGAAACCUCAGUCGUUGCUUGCAAUUGGCUCAGGAGAGGGAGGAGCUGGCGAGGGAACUGGAGAAAUACUCGCUGUACAGAGGCUCUUAUGGCGAAACGGACAUAGGGCAGCCGGAGUCAGAGAAGGGAGAUAAUGAUGGUUAUGAGUCUGUUCGGGAAUUUAAGAGCAGCACCUUGCCAUGCAGACACCGUCCAAGAUACAGAGAGAGUUUUGCAAGUUCUUGCUUGUCGUCGUCUGUUCACGGGACGUCUUUCAGUCCUUCCGUUCCUGCAAAUCCAUUUUAUUUAAAUCGUGGCAACCAACAUCCUACUCUUGCCUCAACCGGACAGAUCCCACUCGUAUGUGAGGGAGCAGACCAUUCUUUCAAAGGCGGAUUACCUCCUCCACAUCUCUCUGCAACACAGAGCCAUGAAAGAGUACAGGAAUUACCAGAGGGCUAUGAUAAUUUCCUUGCGUCCUCCUCCUUAGAAAUGCAGACAAAUGUACCUUCUUCUGAGGCGUGGAGACUGAACAGAGAAGAGGAGGAAGAAUUCCCCAGGCCAACCAAGCGGGAUGUAGGUAUUGAGAUGAGUGUGGACGAGCCAGAGUUCAACGACGCGACCGAGCCUGCACGAGCCAAGCUGCACCUCAGAAUCGGCUCAUCUCUGCCUCGCAGAGGUCGGUUUGAAGAAAUGGGGAGGAGCACGAGUUUCCAUUACUGCGAUAAAUCCUCAAAGCCCGAGCUACGUAGAGUUGUAAGCCAAGGUUCCAAACUUUGGGACUCCAAGCAACAAAGUUUACACUCCACAAGACAACAAGAAACAAAUUUCCUAACCCCUGAUGCGUGGAUAGAAUCUCUAAGCCAAGAAAAACUCUCAGUUACCCACCCUCGUCAUCCAGAACCUUUAUCCACAGACCACCAAAGCUCAUAUACCAGCAAAUAUUCCACAAACAUCCAAAGUACCUAUCACUCACCCCCCAGGAGGAGUUCACUGAGGCCUGUACAGAAUCCCAUCUUUCUAGACGACCACAAGACAAGAAGAAAAGCCUCUGUCUACCAGGAAGCCAUGCAAAAGGCAAUGGGUUACUUAGAAGGCACCAAGGAAUCGUCCAGCUGUUUCGAGCCAGACAAUAACCCAGAAACCCAGGAGUUGGAGGCAGACGUCUACGAGGGCGUUCCUGAGGGCGAGAGCAGCUACAGUAGUUUUGCAAGCAGCGGCCGAGGGAGCAUGGAGCCCGCUAAUGGACGCUCGUCGCUGUGUCGUUUGUCAACAAACCUCCCCAGCUCAACUGAAACUGCGCAGGAAGACGGUCAGGCGGGGGCAGUCGACAAAUACAGUCUCCAAAUGGAACAUCGCCAAAGCAGAAAGGCCUCGGUUGAUGAGAACUACGAAUGGGACGAAGCAGAAAUCUGCUCACAACCAGCAGACAAUGAUGGCCUUCUCCCUCCGUUGAGCGAAGCGCUUCGUCGCCAUCCCCGCACGCAGUUCUCAGCCACCACGCUGGGAAACUUCCGUCAGAACUCUUUCCUCCCGGGGCAUCCAAGCAACCGCCCGGCCGAGCCGGAACCCGACACUGUGCUUUUCUGACGGCGUGUUCCCGCGGCCGCUCGCUCACGGACUUGCAGCAAACACGUGAGCUUUUCACCUUUUUUUUUUUUCUCAUGACUAAAUUGGACUUUGCAUGUUUUUCCUUCAUGUUGAGUAAAUACCGCUCUGGCAGUCUGUGGAGAGAAAUAAAACUAUUCUAUUGUC